AUGUCUAGAAUCUUGCUAGUCACCUUAUUGGUACUGCUACUAGUCUCGGUUUUCGCCGAGGACUUCACAUCGAGAAUUCGAGAAGCCCAAAGUCUUCUAAGAACUGUGGGUCCUACAGUUCAGGUUCUAGAUGAAUUUGACAAGUUGAUUCUGGACCUCCAGGGUCUGUCUGACCAAAAAACGCUAGCUACGGCUCUUUACAAUAGGGCUCUUGUGGAGAUGAGCUUGAACAAAAUGGGUUCUGCCAUCGAGGACCUCGAGGCUGUCUUUGCCUUGGAUCCAGACUCAAAGCCUGCAAGAAACAUAUACAAGGAGAUCAUGGUGAAGCGGGGGGAAUUUGCCGCUGUCAGGCGGGUCAUGGAUAAAAAUGCCGACAAGGAGUUGGCCGGACAAAUGGAGACGUGGGAGAAGACGUUUGACAAGUUCAAAGGCGUUCUAGAAGGCAAACUGAAGUACGAUUAUGAUGAGUGCCUAGGGGCUGUGGAAACGACGCUCCGACCUCUCACACCUGAAAACAUUGCCGUCCUCGAGCUUCAUUUGGCCUGCAGCAAAAAGAAGUCUGCUCAGACUUUGGGCAAAGAUCGGGCCCUCACUGAAGAUACAUUGGUGGGCAUGAUUGCGGAUUACUCUGCUUUGCUCAAGAAGGCUCCACAGAAGGACUUGGGCAGGUACACUGAAUUUGCCGAGUACCUCUUUUUCACGCAAUCGAACUACCAAGAUGCAUGGAAUGCCGUCAAAAGCUGUUUGAGGAUCGAGAACGAGAACAAGCAAUGCGGUUCCCUUUCCAAGAUGUUUGCUCGUCUUGCAACCAUUUUAAAGCUGCUUGAGGAUUACUCGAUCCUCGAUGGCUACAUAUACCCCGUUUCAGACGAAGCCAGCGACCUUAGUGAUGAGAAGUACGGCUCGUUCCUGUUCGACUGGAAUCAGAUCCAUACUUUCUUGAACAAGGACCCUAUCAAGGCACCCAAGCGUGACCUCAAGAACGUGCCUUCGUCAGUGAAGAACAACUUCGACUACCUUUUAUGGAUGGCCAACGCUUUUGCCGACAAGGAGCUUGGUGACGAGAAGUUGUUCCAGCACCUCAAAUUUUAUAGAGACUUGACUCGCCUUCGUUGCGAAGCUGCUCUCUACUCGGAGAAGUCUGCUGAUUGCAAAGUUUAUUGUGAUGGCGCCGUGGAGGAUGGUCAGCCUUUCUUUCCCAAGCAUGCUGCUCGUAUCGAUGAAGAGCUCAAGAAGAAGAACUACGCCGAGGCUCAGAAGCUUCUUUCCCAGUUCAGCAAACACGUUGGCAAGACUGAGGCUUUCAGAAAAAGAUGGAACGUGAUUGAGAAGAUCCAGCAGAGGCAAAGGCAGCAGCAGCAGGCCAGGUUCCAACAAGACCAGCAAAGACAACAGCAGCAAUGGUACCGCCAACAGCAGCAGCAACAACAGCAGCAGCAGAUGCAAAGCGACCCUUCAAAGGACUUUUACAAGGUGCUUGAUAUUCUGCCUGACGCUGACGAUAAGACGAUCAAGAAGGCCUACAGAACACAGACAUUGAAGUACCACCCGGACAAGUACAAGGGCGGUGAUCUAGAUGAAAAGGGAGUGGAGCAAAAGAUGCAGGAGAUCAACGAGGCCUACGAGGUCUUGUCGGAUAAGGAGUCGAAAGAAGCAUAUGACCGAGGACGUCUGGGCCAUUCUCAAGGUCCUACACGCGGCGGCAAUCGUGGAUUUAACUUCCAGGGCGGUCCAAAUAUCAAAUUCGAUUUUGGCAACUUUGGUGGCUCUGGUUUUAAUUUCGGCAAUGGUGGAUUCAAAUUUUCCGGAAACGGUUUCCAACAAGGGAAACAACAACGCAAGAAGAGAAGAGCGUGA